GUGACGAAUUCGUAUAAAUAAUGUCAAAAAGUAAUAAAGAAAAGAAGAAAUAAAUAAUGAAAAAUGGAUCGAAAGUAUUUAGAAAGAAUACAUAUACGCACAAAUUUUUGACAUUAAGUUUAGCUAUAAAUUCUAUGUUUACAUUUUGUCCUUCAAGGACUUCUCGGAUUUCUUUUCUUUAUCUACAUGUAAACCACAGUUGAAGCUAUACUUCUUUGUAUAAUUUCAUAGAACGCAGUUUAGUUUCUACCGUUGAUUAUAGAAGUUUGUAGUGUCAUAUAGUGAAAUUUUGAACGAAUUAUUAAAUAUUUUAAAUUUAUAUUAAUUAUAUUUAUAUUUUUUAUUAUAAUAAUUAAUAUAAAAAUGUUUAAAAAAAUUUAAAAUGUGAGUUUAUGUUUGUGAUUGCAAUGUUACGUAUUAUUUAAACUAUGAUCAAGAAAAUUAGCUAUAAUAAACAAUGUAAUAUAAACAUAAUAUGUAAAUAGAUAAAGUUAAAAAAUUAAUUGAAAUUUAUAAAAAAUUAGUGAAAAUGUUUGAGGAAUUAGAUAAUUUUUUCAAAUUCGAUUAUAAUAGUAGAAAAUUACAUAAUAAAAAUACAAAAAAUAUUUAUUCAAAUACAGUAUUAGAUGUAAUAUCAGAGAAACAGCAUAAUAAAGAAGUUAAUAUUAACAAAGAAAAAAAAAAUAUUGAAGAAUUAGACAAUGUUAAAACUAUUAAUUAUUCUGAUAUUAAUACAAAACAAUAUAUAUCAAUUUUAAAUAAAACAUCACGUAAAGUUCCUAAUAUUUUAAAAAAUAAGUCAAAGUCAGAGAGAAUUUUUGAAACAGAUGCAACAAAGUCAAAUUCUUUUAAAGAUGUAACAGAUAAAGAUCAACAUGAAAGUUUAUUCAAUUCUGAUUCAAUAUCAGAAUAUAAUUCAUCUGAAAGUAUACUUGCUAAAAAAGAAAAAAAAUAUAAAAGAGUAUCAAGGAGAAGAAAACAAGAACUUAAUUUUACAAAUAUUUGUCAUGAAUUACCAAAGUGGAGCAUUUGUUCUUUUGUUGAUGAUAAAAAAAAAAUGAUAGGCAAAAAAUUAGGUAAACCAAAAACAUUAGAAAGUCUCACACAAGGAAAAAAGUUAAAACAUCAUUCUAGGAAACAAAAUAAAAAACAACAAAUAUCUAUUCUUAAAAAUAAAGGAAAGGAGAAAUACUUACCUUCAAUAUCUCAGGAUGUAUUGACAGAUUAUAGUUCUGAAUGUCAAAAUCUUUCAUUCUCAAAAGAAAUUGAAUCAAAUGAUUUGGAAGAUUUAAUUGAUUUCUCUAGCAAUGAAAUAUUUAAUAAGUUUAAUUAUGAAUUUUAUAACAAUAAUUCAGAUUGUUAUACAUGCUAUUCAAUGAAUUAUGAAGCAUAUAAUCCUUUAAGUGCAAUACACGAAAGUGAUAGUUAUGAAAACAUAUUUGACACAAAUGAUAAUGAAGUUGACAUAUGUAAUACAACAUUAUAUUCUUCUUUAACGGAUAAUGAACAAGAUGAAAAGAAUACUUCAAUAAGAAAAUUUAUGAUGUCUCCAGAUUAUAGAAGUGAAGACUUAUCAUUUAGUAGUGAUAAUAAAUCAAAGUGUUCAUCUGAUUCUUUCUGUAAUUAUUGCUUUGAGGACUGUGUUUCAAAUUGGAUUGAAACUAGUGCAGCUAGUAUUCAUUCAGAAGCUUUCAAUGAUAUUAAACAGAGUAAUUUAGAUAAUUCAUUUUUUCAUACUUCUAAAUAUAAUGAAUAUCUGACUGAUGAUAGGGAAUAUGACAAUAGAAGAUCAUCAUUGACUGAAAGUGAAUGUUCUUUAGAAAUCACAGAUGAUAUUGAUUCAUUAUUGACCGAAUUUGAACGUUAUUCGGAUGAAAAACAAAAUAGCGAGACUGAAAUAUUUAAACAAACAAUAUAUACGCAAAAACAAAAAGAAUACGAUGUGUCGAUAGGAAAUUUACAUGAUACGAAUAUAUUACAAAUUCAAGACGAUAGUGAAACUAGUAUAAACAAGGAUAAGUAUGUACAUAAUACUUUGUGAAAGUUGCGGUAGGCUUUUCAAUCGAAAAUAUCAUUUCAAUAGACAUUUUAUUCAUUGUGGUCGCUUGAAAGAACCUUUCAAGUGUGACAUGUGCUUUAAAAUGUAUAGGUAAAAAAGAAGAAACAGAGAUGAUUUAAAUUUGUCAAAUAAAAAACUUUCAAACUUGAAAAUUUAUUAGUUUACAUUGGUAGAAAUUUAUUUUCAGACACAAAUCAUCUUUAAUUCAUCAUUUAAAAGUAGCGCAUCAUAUUCAUUAUGCUCGUAAUCGUACCGCGACAUUUGUUUGUAAUGUAUGUAACAAAAUCUAUAGUAAAUUUGGUGCUUUCGAGAAUCACAUGAAGAGUCAUAAAAACGAGCCUGGUAAGUUUUGAUAACUUAUAUAUAAUAAAAUAAUAUAUAGGCGUAGUUCAGUGAAUUUUUUUAUCAUUUUUAGAUUGUAUGGAUACACCUAACGAUGUUACCUCUUAAUACAUAAGUAUUUAUGUAAAAAUAAGAAUACAUUUAUUUUCAGUCACUAUAUUUUAUUAUGAUAAAUGUAGUAUUAAUUAAUCUUUAAUGUUAAUUAAUAUUAAUUGAAAUUUUCUAAAUCUAAACAACACAAAGUUUAGAAUUGUUCAAUGGAUCUCACUACUAUCAAUUUUCCAAUUACGUGAUGUCCUCAGAUAGCAAAGAAAAUUCGUAUGCUUUGACUUAUAGAUAUAAUUUCAAACAGAAUUUUCUAUCUUAGAAAAUUCAAUCUAUGGAUGUUUAAUAAAUAUUGUUACGCACUGUUGAUCAGUCGUCUACUUAGCGACCGCUAGAUUUCAGCGAAUAUAUGAGUUCUUAUAUACAUAGUCAUAACAAUUGCAGCGACAUUAAGUCGUAAAUAUUGAGUUAUAUUAUGAACUUAUAUUAAUAAUAGUUAAUAAAAUAUUGUCAUUGGUAAUAAAUUGAUAAGUUUCACGAUGAUAUUAAUUGCUGCUAGGAUUGAAACGAAAUACGUAUUCAUAUUUAUUUUUACGAUUGUUAUUCUAUUUUAAUCAAACUAAAAUCUUAAAAAUAUUUUGAUUCUUUUAAGUUUUCUCAAAGGCAGCAUUAUCUUCAUGCGAUUUCAUAUCUCAAUAAAUAUCAUUAAUAUUAUUUUUAUUUAAGUUUUUCAAAUUUAUUAAAAAAUUUAAUUAGAUUAUAGAAAUUUUAUAUUUAUAUUUAUUAUUUAUGUUCUGACGUUAUCUUUUUAGAUAUAUUAUUUUAAUAUUAUAAAAUGGUUCUUACUAAUAUUAGGAAUAAUAGUAGAUAGUAAGAUUGACUAAAAAAUGCCAUUGAUUAUUGAUACAUUAAAAAGGAAAAGUAAUGUUUUAUACGAUUUUGAAACCAUUUUGAAAAGUUUGCAAUUAAUUAAUUUAUAUUCUAAUGUCGAUAUUAUACACUAUAUAUAUAUAUAUAUAUAUAUAGUUUAUCAACCUAUAAUAUAUUUAUAGUUAUAUUAUUUAUAUUGACAAAUGAAUAUUUUAAAUUAAAUAUUUUUGAUAUAUGAUUAAUACAUAUGUGAUAUAUGAAUUAAAAUAUUAUAUAAUUUAUGUUUAAUUUUCAACUGGUGAUGUAACAUAGAAAUUAUUUCGUGCAUUAAUGAUAACUUCUCAAUUUCGAACAAAUAUAUUUUGCUAUAUUUCAAUAUACAACCGAUGGUACAGCCAUGAAGAAAAAACAUACAUAUAGGUAUUGUUUUUAUUUCUAUUCUGUUUAGUUUAGUAAUACUUAGAUUGCAUGAAGAAAUUCUGCUUAAACAGAAGAAGAAAAAUUGUUUUCUUCUUAUUAAAUAUUUGUUUUCAGUUUUUAUUAAAAUUUGAUGUUUGCAUAUAAUUCUUAAUAUAAUUUCUGAGAUAAUGUCACAUAUUAUAUAUAUUCUAAUACAGUAUUAGGUAUAUUAAAUUCAAUAGUAUUAAUAAAAUUAAACAACAAAUAAAAUACAAUGAUAUUAAAUAAAUAGCAACAUCAUCAGUUGCAAGUUAAUAGAUAUUCCGUAAUGAUACAAUACAAAUUUACAUUCCUUUUCCAUUUUUGAAAUUGUAACAACUCGGUAUAAACAGUAUUAUACAGAAGUUAUAAUAUUUUAUUUUUGUAUCUGUUUUUGAUAACAUUGUAAUACUCAAUACGUACAAAUUGAUAUUAUAAUAAAAAUUUAAUUAUCAUAUUUAAUUUAAUAUUAUUUUAAUUUCUAAUGUAUAUAUGUCUAAUGUAUGAAUUUAACAAUAAAUUGAAUUUUAUUUUUAUA